AUGGCGCCUGCAGGGAGAGAAAGACAAACAGCCCGAGGCGCGGCGGGUCAGCAGAGGCGCGGGCGCCAGGCAACCCCCUCCCCGACCCGGCCCCGCCUCACAUACAGACCUGGACCUGCGGCCGCCGCUCGGGGUCCGCAGCCUCACAGGGGAGCGGCUUCCGGUGCUGCCUGCGUCAUCUCCGCGCGUCCCUCCACCCGCGGCGCCGAGCGGACGCGGCUGCACUUCCGGCCCCGCCUUAAAGGGGAAGUGGGAGAGCCGAGGAGCGUAGAGGGAGGCGGAGCAUGCGUGACAUUCUGCAGACUUCGGACUCACCAGUGGUGUUUCAUUCUGUUUAACGUUAUUCUAUUUCAUGCCUUGCUUUUUGGGGCUGAUUUUGUGGAAGAAUAUUUUCUGCAUGCUUUGCCUUAUGUAGAUAUGAAAGUUCUUGAAAUUAAGGAUAAGGCAAGAAAAUUGAACAUGGAGCCCCUAAGAAGUAAUCUUUCCAAAUACUAUAUCCUGAGCCAGUCGGAGGUGUGUAAAGGGAAGAACAUAUUUUUGCUCUCUCUUAUCUUCAGUAGCCCAGGAAAUGGAACAAGGCGGGACCUCAUCAGGAAAACCUGGGGUAACGUGACCAGUGUCCGAGGGCAUCCCAUUCUCACACUGUUUGCUUUGGGAAUGCCUGUUUUGGUGACUGCCCAGCAAGAGAUAGACAAAGAGUCCCAAAAGAAUAAUGAUAUAAUUGAAGGAAUCUUCUUGGACAGUGCUGAGAACCAAACUCUGAAGAUUAUCACCAUGACGCAGUGGGCUGUGACUUUCUGCCCUAACGCCCAGUUCAUUCUUAAGGUUGAUGAAGAGAUGUUUGUCAAUCUACCAAGCUUGGUAGACUACCUCCUCAAUCUGAAAGAACACCUUGAAGAUAUCUAUGUAGGAAGAGUUAUCCAUCAGGAUACACCCAACAGAGACCCUAAUAGCCAAGAAUUUGUCCCUUUCAGUGAGUACCCAGAAAAGUUCUACCCAGAUUACUGCAGUGGUGAGGCCUUUGUUAUGUCCCAAGAUGUGGCUCGGAUGAUGUACAUAGUUUUCAAAGAAGUCCCCAUUAUGGUGCCUGCUGAUGUGUUUGUAGGAAUUUGUGCUAAAUCCAUUGGCCUAAUACCCAUACACAGUUCAAGGUUUUCUGGGAAAAGCCAUAUCAGAUACAACAGAUGUUGCUUUAAGUUCAUUUUCACAUCCUCAGAAACUACAGAUGCUGAAAUGCCCCUGGCAUGGAAGGAAAUUAACAGUGGGAAAGAAUGUACACUGUUUGAAACCUACUAUGGGCUCAUUUCCUGCAAACUUCUGACAUACCUUGACAGCUUUAAACUUUUUCACAUGGGUACCAUAAAAAAUAAUGUCAUGUAUUAUGGUGAUUAG